UUGAUAGUUUGUUUAUCAUUAAGGCUAAGAAAAUGGGAUUAGAGAUUCUAAACAUAACUGAAGAGAUUAUGAGAUUACUAUUGUGAUACAAAUGAAUAAACUUUAUGUUAAUGAUUAGGACUUUGGGUUGUUUAUAUGAAUUAAUAUUUGAAUAUUAUUAUGUUUUAAAUGUCCAAGUUAGUUUAUGACCAUUUCAAUUAUUUAUUUGCUUGUAUGAUGAUAUAUAUUAUUAUUUUUGGCAUUAAAAGAGAAUUGCUCGAAUAACUUACGCAACACGCUACGCCAUUUACGCUACACAGUAUAGAAACUAAAACGCGACGCAAUACGCUAUACGCGUUUUAAAACACUGGAAUUGAGAAUAGCACUCACUCUUUGCGACUUGUGAAGUGAAAGCAAAAUCUCGAGCUGACGGAGCAACUCUGCCCCCGUGCUGGUUGGUAGUAAAUUAGGUAAAAUUAAUUUGGCAUUGGACAGCAAUGGCUUCAGCCGGAAAACCAGCUUCUUCUUCUUUAAAGAGAACAUGUUCAACUACAAGUGAAGGCGACGAGCUUAUUAUAACGCCUCUAGGGGCGGGAAAUGAAGUGGGCCGCUCGUGUGUUUACAUGUCCUAUAAGGGGAAAACUCUGUUGUUUGAUUGCGGUAUUCAUCCAGCUUUCUCAGGAAUGGCCGCAUUGCCCUACUUUGACGAAAUUGAUCCUUCAGCUAUAGAUCUACUUCUUGUUACUCAUUUUCGUGUAAAGAGGGUUUUGUUGUUUGCUUUGGUGCUGGACCCUGAUUUCUUGGAUAAGUUCAUCUUUCACUUGGAUCAUGCUGCUUCUCUUCCAUAUUUUCUGGAGAAGACGACAUUCAGGGGACGAGUUUUUAUGACUCAUGCAACUAAAGCCAUUUACAAGUUGCUUCUAUCAGAUUAUGUCAAAGUUAGCAAGGUCUCAGUUGAGGAUAUGCUAUAUGAUGAACAAGACAUACUUCGCUCCAUGGAAAGAAUUGAGGUGAUUGACUUCCACCAAACGGUUGAGGUGGACGGGGUACGCUUCUGGUGCUACACUGCCGGCCACGUCCUCGGCGCAGCCAUGUUCAUGGUGGACAUCGCAGGCGUGCGCGUCCUCUACACUGGCGACUACUCGCGCGAGGAGGACCGCCACCUGCGCGCGGCCGAGCUCCCCCCUUUCUCCCCCGACAUCUGCAUCAUCGAGUCCACGUACGGCGUCCAGAACCACCAGCCCCGCCACGUGCGCGAGAAGCUCUUCACGGACGUCGUCCACUCCACCGUCUCCAACGGCGGCCGCGUCCUCAUCCCCGCCUUCGCCCUCGGCCGCGCCCAGGAGCUCCUCCUCAUCCUCGACGAGUACUGGUCCGCCCACCCCGACCUCCACAACGUCCCCAUCUACUACGCCUCCCCCCUCGCCAAGCGCUGCAUGUCCGUCUACCAGACCUACAUCAACUCCAUGAACGACCGCAUCCGCUCCCAGUUCGCCUCCUCCAACCCCUUCGACUUCCGCCACAUCUCCCCCCUCAAAUCCCUCGACGAGUUCCGCGACGUUGGCCCCGCCGUCGUCAUGGCCUCCCCCGGCGGCCUCCAGAGCGGCCUCUCCCGCCAGCUCUUCGACCGCUGGUGCUCCGACCGUCGCAACGCGUGCGUCAUCCCGGGGUACGUCGUCGAGGGCACCCCGGCCAAGGCCAUCAUCAGCGAGCCAAAGGAGGUGACCCUCGCGAGCGGGCUAACCGCGCCUCUCCACAUGCGCGUCCACUACAUUUCGUUCUCCGCGCACGCGGACUACUCGCAGACGAGCGCUUUUCUAAAAGAGCUCGCGCCGCCGAACGUCAUCCUCGUCCACGGGGAGGCGAACGAGAUGGGCCGGCUCAAGCAGAAGCUAUCGUCGGCAGUUUUCGCCGACGGGAACACGCGGAUCAUCACCCCGAAGAACUGUCAGUCGGUCGAGAUGCGGUUCAACUCUCAGAAGACGGCGAAAGCGAUCGGGAGGAUGGCGGGGAGGGGCGCGCCGGGUUUGGGGGAGGCCGUGAGCGGGCUUCUCGUGAAGAAGGGUUUUACGUACCAAAUCAUGGCGCAUGAGGAUUUGCACGUUUUUUCGAGGCUCUCGACGGGGAGCGUCGUGCAGAGGAUCACGAUCCCGUAUUCGGGGGCGUUUUCGGUGAUCGAGCACCGGCUGAGGCAGAUUUACGAGGGGGUGGAGGAGGCGGAGGUGAGUGACGAUGGGGUUCGAGGGGUGAGGGUGCACGGGAGGGUUACGGUGAGGCGGGAGUCGGAGGAUCAUAUCUCCCUGCAUUGGGCGGCGGACCCCAUCAGCGACAUGGUGUCGGAUUCGGUGGUGGCGCUCGUGCUGAAUGCGGGUCGGGAGCUGCCGAAGGUGGUGGACGAGUCUGAGAGGGGAGAAGAGGAGGCGGCGAAGAAGGUGGAUAAGAUUGUUCAUGCGCUGCUCGUGUCGUUGUUUGGGGAUGUGAAGUAUGAGGAUGGGGGGAAGGUGUUGAUUAAUGUGGAUGGGAACGUGGCGCGUCUGGAUAAGGGGAGUGGGGAAGUCGAGAGUGAGAACGAGGGGCUUAAGGAAAGGGUUCGGACGGCGUUUAGGAGGAUUACGAGUGCCGUGAAGCCGAUACCUCUUCACGGAUCUUAAUGCAGUACAUUGUAAGCCAGAUUUUAAUGAAGAGUUUGCAUUGUUGAAGUUGCUGUUGUGCAUCGUGAGGCAAAUAGGAGGGGAGAAAUUUGAAUUACGGCUUUGGACUCGUUUUUUGUUGCAAUGGUAGAUUUGUGUUUGGUGCUCUGACUAUUUUACAGGUUGCGACUUACGAGUUAUUUUGCAUGUCUAGCUCAUCUUUUUCUUGGAGGAGUUGUUAGCACGACGAUUUGUGUACUGAAAUAGUUGAUGUGUUCAUUGGAAAAUAUGAGUUGUUAAAAACUAAUUUGGCAUGGAGACAUGGAGUUUUUAAUCCAUUUGUUUUCUGUUUUCGAUUUAUAUUUCAGG